AAGCCUCUCACUUUCUUUCUGAACAAUUUUCAAACAAGUGCAAGACUCAGACAGGAGCGCUGGGAAGAAAACGGUUGUUCUGCCCUUGGAAGUCCCUGGAAACCGGACAUAUAAACUGGAAUAUAUUUCAGCAGGCUUCAGGAACCCUUCAUCUAUGGGAGAAGAGACAGCUACUUUAAAGGACUCAAGAACUGAGGAAUAGGAGGGCAGAGGUGUGCUGCAUGGGGGCCACAGCCAGGCCUUAUGGCAGGAGGCGCCCAGGUCUCACUGAGCUAUAAUUACAUCCUGUAGGAGCCUCUGAGGUGAAACAGUUCACACAGAGACACUGAAAGGGGUGGUUUCUGAGCACUCGGUCUUCCUCUGGGCCUCCAAAAAGUUGCAGAUCGUGUGCCCAUGAGGUCAUCCAUGCUGGUCCUGUUCCUCGUCUUCAGUGCCCAGGCUGUGGCCACCAUCAGAGGGGUCUGGUGCGGCACCACAACAGCACAACAGAACAACCCCACCUCCAUUCCCACCGUGGACCCUAAACUCUUCAGUAAGCGCCACUACCUCUCACCCAGGGUGCACUUCAGCUCGCAGCCCCCCGAUGCAGAGCCGGCAGGGGAGCAGGGACUCAGCAGGAGGACUCGGAGGCGAGCGGGGAUACCUCAGCACCGGGGGGUGUACUCGGUGUGUGAGAGUGUUAGUGUCUGGGUGGGCAACAAGACCAAAGCCACAGACAUCUCAGGCAAUGAGGUGACAGUGCUCCCAGAUGUGAACAUAAACAAUGUUAACAAGAAGCAGUAUUUCUUUGAGACGACCUGUCACAGCCCUCGCUCUGGAGUCUCGGGCUGUUUAGGGAUUGACGCGAAGCACUGGAACUCCUACUGCACCAACUCGCACACUUUUGUGCGAGCGCUGACUUCAUUCAAGAACCUGGUGGCUUGGAGGCUCAUACGGAUCAACGUAGCAUGCGUGUGCGUGCUCAGCCGCAAAUCCUGGCGGCAGUGAAGACUCAUCCACAGGCCGGCGCACCGAACCCAAUAUAGACGGACACAGUGAAAUGCAGACAGGUGUGUUUCUGCAUAUAACUUAUCACCAAAGACGUCUCACCCUCUGCACAAAGUAAAUUAUUAUAUGUGUCAAAGUAUCAGGACUGCAUGCAUACACAUCAGACCUGGGUUAAAGAGUGUCUCCAAGUAGUUUUGUAGCCAGCGAAGUACUAACAGGAUCGGGAACGGGUUUCAAUCAGCUGUGGUUUACCAAAGAGCCAGUUUCUUGGAGUAAAAAUGUUCUUUUGCAACUUUAAAGCAUUAGACUAAGUAUUGUCUACAGCAAAAACUUGGAAAUUCAAAAAAGAGGGUAGUAAAAAAACACAUAGCCUAUACUCUUUAAGAGUUUUCUAAACUUGGUCAGAGUUGUUAGCAGAGUUUAUUAACAAUAUAGUACAAACUGAUUCUAGCUAUUUAAAGUUACAUUAACAUUAGAACGGUGUCAUUGUGUCUUGGAAAUAUUUAGUAAAACACGGUGCUGUGAAAGAAAAUAGUUUUGUUUGUUUUUAUUCCAUUUUAUCAAAUUUGAGAUCAUUAAACAAAUGAUUAAUGAUUUGUUCAGGCGAAGAUAACCAGAGUGAAUACAAAAAAACUGCUAUGAAAUUGUGAUUUCAUGGCAUUUCUGGCGGCAGACAUUUGAGCCACCAGAAUUCACAAAGAUCCCUGUUUAGUUGUUGAACCAUUUUCAGUAAAACUGAAUGAAUGUCUGGUUUCCUCUGAUUUAAGCCUGUUGCAUGAUUUUAUUAAUUAAUGGAAAAUGCUAUCCACAAUCAGCUGGUCUUAUAUGAAAAUACAGUUGUUAUCUUUAUCAUAUCAUGAAAUAACCGGGAUUAAACACUUAUUCAGUUUUCCUGCUCCCGCCCAGGCUUGAUUACAGACAGACAAGAACAAUAAAGAAAUCCCUUUAGUAGGAUCUGUCUGACAACAGGUUCAAAUAUCUGAGAAAGCUACAAGUCAUGUACAAAUCUACAGAAAUCCAAGAACAGAUAAGACACCAUAACAUCUAAUAGUCUGGAAAGGUUUACAACGUCAUUCUCAAGGCUUUGGGAUGCCAGUGAACCACAAGAAUGGCCAGCCUACCAAAACAAUUCCAAAAUCCUAUUGAUGACUCAUGAACCCAGAACAACAUUUAGAGCUCUGAAAACCUCACUUGCCUCAGUUAAGGUCAGUGUUUUUGAUUAAAAAAAAAAAGAAAAAGAAUGGAAAAAAAUUGCAUUGAUGUGAAACUUACAAAGCAAAACCCACUGCUGACAAAAACAACACAAAGACUCAUUUAUAGCUAGGGUUGGUGAUGUUUCCUUAAGUUUCUACAAGUCCCUUUUUGAAUAACUGCGCAUGCACAAGACCGUCUCACCUUGCUCUUCCACUCUUCAGGGGGGAUCAAGUGAA